AAAAGCGUAACGGCGACAAGUCUUGCGUCAACUAUAAAGGCAAUAACAGUGCGUUACGGCGAGUGAACGGUGUGUGUUUACUUAGCCAACUGAACACAAGGUAACUUUAGGGCACACCGCGUCCUUUUAUUUUUUGUACAUUUGUACCUCAGCGUGUUUUAUGAUUUAUUAUGUAUGUUAACAUUCACACGGCCAGUGGCAUGUAAAAUAUCAUGGUUCACUAAUGUGCCAGUCUUACAAAUGGAAAGGGGGCUUCACUUUGGAAAGGUGAGCAUUUCCUUGCUGGUCCUCCUGCUGCUCGAAGUGCCCACCGGGCUCGGGUCCUCGCACACCCCGAGCUCCGCAGCCGCCGCCGCCGCCGCCAGGAGGGAGCCCCAGCUCGCCGGCCGGGGCUUGGGAUCGACCCCGGUGGACGAUGGAGACGAAGUCAUGAAGCUCCAUCUGGAGAAUGUGGUCGGUGCUCCAGCCAUAGCGGCGGCAGACGUGACGGUGGAGGAUGACGAUGCCGGAGAGGGCGACGAGGCGUCGGGAGGAAGUCACGGAGAAGUCCCGGUGGGAAGGUCUCUUGUGAUCAUCAGCACCCUGGACGGCCGCAUAGCUGCUCUGGAUCCUCACAAUCAAGGUCAGAAGCAGUGGGACCUGGACGUCGGCUCAGGGUGCCUCGUGUCCUCCAGCCUCAGCAAACCUGAGGUGUUUGGCAAUAAGAUGGUCAUCCCGUCACUGGAUGGCGCCUUGUUCCAGUGGAACCGUGACAGGGAGAGUAUGGAGGCAGUGCCUUUCAGCGUGGAGUCCCUGCUGGAGUCCUCGUACCGCAUCGGAGACGACACUGUCCUGGUCGGGGGAAAGUCCCUCACUACUUACGGUCUGGGGACCUACAGCGGCAAGCUGCGGUACAUCUGCUCUGCGGUGGGCUGCAGCCGCUGGUGCGAAGACGAGGUGGAAGGCGAAGACGUGCUCUUGCUGCAGAGGACUCAAAAGACUGUCCGGGCCAUCAGGCCCCGCUCAGGAAUGGAGAAGUGGAACUUCAGUGUUGGAAACUUUGAGCUGAAGCUGAUUCCACAGGCCAAGUCCACUAUCAGCUUCCUGGAGGGAGAAGUUGCCAAGGGCGAUUCCUGGCGGGGACACCAGCGAGUUAUCAUUGAGGAGUCCAAAGAAAAGGAGCGGACGGAGCACAAGAAAAACCACAACCUGGACAUGGUCAUCAAAGUGUCUGUUCCUGAUUGGAAGGUCAUGGCCUUCAGCACAGAGUCUGACGGACAGCUUGUGUGGGAGCAUCAGUUCUGCACACCCAUUGCUUCGGCCUGGCUGGUGGGAGGAGGGAAAGUCACACCAAUAAGUCUGUUUGAUGACACCGCCUACAGCAACCAGUCAGAGAGUGACGAAGAGGAGGAUGACGACAAUCAGGACAAAUCCAAAGAUGCUUCAGCGUCCAGCGUUUACCUGGGGAUGUUCCAGGGACAACUCUACCUCCAGUCCUCUGUCAGGAUCGCUGAAAAGUUCCCCUCCAAAGCCAUCGGGUCUGAGAAAGAUAUCAUUCCGCUUCCCAUCGUCAAAUGGAAGCCUCUUAUCCAUUCCCCGUCUCGCACUCCAGCCUUGGUGGGCUCUGAUGAGUUCGACAAGUGUCUGAACAAUGACAAAUUCUCCUACGAUGAGUACAGCAAUGGAGCACUGUCGAUCCUGCAGUAUCCUUAUGACAACGGUUACCACUACCCCUACGGCAAGCGCUACCGGGGGAAGCGGGACAGCGCCGUGAGCGUGAUUAAAAGAAGCGGGUCGCGUGCCGUGAACGGCAGAAAGAAAGACCCCGUGCUGCUGCUUCCAUGGUGGAAGGAGAUCCUCGGCACCAUCGUCUUCUGCAUCGCCGCCACCACCUACAUCGUACGGAAGUUUUUCCACCCGCCAGCCCCUGUGACAUUUGUGCGGCAACGAAAAGAGUCCGAGACGCAGUGCCAGACCGACAGCAAGUUUGACCUCGAGGUUGUGGAAGCAAAAGAGCCGGUCGCCGCGGAGACGCGUUCCAGCGAAUACGUGUCCAGGUACCUGACUGACUUUGAGCCGGUGCAGUGCCUCGGCCGCGGGGGAUUCGGUGUCGUGUUUGAAGCUCGCAACAAAGUGGACGACUGCAACUACGCCAUCAAACGGAUCCGUCUACCCAAAUGGGAGCUCGCCCGUGAGAAGGUGAUGCGAGAGGUGAAGGCGCUGGCCAAGUUGGAGCAUCCCGGUAUCAUCCGCUACUUCAACGCCUGGCAGGAGAGCCCCCCUGAGGGCUGGCAGGAGGAGCUGGACCAAAGGUGGCUGAAAGACGCCAGUGCCACUGACUGGCCAAUGAGCUUCCUGGACCACAUGGAGGCGCUUUCAGUCAAAGUGCCAGUGUCCAGUUCCGUGUCGCCCACUAGCGGGUCGGAAGGAGGCGUUCUGGAGCCGUCCGUCAACGGGCAUCAUCCGCUUCUCUCUGGCAGCUCCAGAGGCUUCAGCAUGAAUGGAGACCUGUCCUUCCACCCCCUGCUGGGCCACGACAGCCUGAUGUCCGAGCGGGACAGCCACGCCGACCCGGAGGCCUCCGAGACGCCCGACUCCUUUGAGCUGUGCUCCCCGCGCGGCCCCAGCGAUUGCACCUCUUCCUCUUUUGACAUAGUCUUCGAGGAUUCGGGAUGCGACCGGGAUGCGGACGCGGAAACCGACUCGGCCUCCGAUGCCGCAGAUCCAGACCCGGCUACUGCGGGGAAGAACGGUUCAUCUUCCUCACACACCAGACGGACGGAAAACUCCCACCCCUCCUCUUCCUCGCCUCCUCGGCCCACCUCGCUUGUGUUGGCGCUUCCGCCGUCUCCUCUGAGCCAACGAGCACAACCUUCUCCUAAGGUCUACCUUUACAUCCAGAUGCAGCUGUGCCGCAAGGAGAACUUAAAGGACUGGAUGGCUCAGCGCUGCCUCCCUGAGCAGAGGGAGCACAACCAGUGCCUGGACAUCUUUCUCCAGAUCGCUGAGGCUGUCGACUUCCUGCACAGCAAGGGGCUCAUGCACAGGGACCUCAAGCCCUCCAACAUCUUCUUCACCAUGGACGACGUGGUGAAAGUUGGAGACCUGGGCCUGGUGACGGCCAUGGAGCAGGAGGAGGAUGAGCAGGAGCACAGCGCCUUGACGCCCGCCCCGCUCCUCACCCGCCACACGGGUCAGGUGGGCACCAAGCUCUACAUGAGUCCGGAACAGCUCUCCGGACACUCGUACUCGCACAAGGUGGACAUUUAUUCUCUGGGUCUGAUCCUGUUUGAGCUGCUCCACCCUUUUAGGACCCAGAUGGAGAGAGUGCGGACGCUGACUGAGGUGAGAGCUCUGCGCUUCCCAGACACCUUCUCCAAAAACAACGUUCAGGAGCUGAGCAUGGUGCGCUCCAUGCUGUCGCGGAGCCCCAGCGAGCGCCCCGAGGCGGCCGACAUCACCGGCACCCCGCUCUUCCAGGAGCUGGAACUGCCCUGCCGGCUGGCCGUCAGGCAGCGCUCCCGCACCUACAGCGCCUCGUCCAUGGGCCGCCCCGCCCGCCCGGGGUCGGCCACCUGACCCCCUCAGGUGGACAUCAUCCCCCGCAAGAGUCACAUAAGCAAGUUUCCUCACACUUUAGAGCGUGUGAAUAUUGUUAGAACAACGUGCGCCAGCUGAGUUUCCCAUGAAUGGAAUUUGGUUUUCUGCCAAUUGAGGCCACCUUUGACGCACCCCGCCGCGCUACACCUCAGGUAUGACCACCACGAGGAGAGGCCUUCACUGAUGAUGACUCUUGACCACGUAGUCUGGUGCAGGCACAGCCCACGUGUCUGACGUGGAACACCAAAAAGCGAUCCCAAGAUUGAUGCAGAUGUCCUGGUAUAAAACUUGCUGUACAAGUCCUUUGUACCGAACCUCAUGGAGGACAACUUUGCUUCUGCAUCUCCAAGCCAGUACUUUUUCCACACACUUUUUUUAAUCGCAGGUGCUUCAUCACUCCUUCCUCUUUCUUCUUCGGUGUACAUAAGAAAGCUGUAAAUAAAUAGUGUAAGACAGGAGCCAAUAGGAAACCAUCUCUGAAUGUCCAGCAGGACCUCUCCAGCACACCUUUGCAUAGCAGCUUCUCCUCAGCGUGUCCACGCGGCGGCCGGAAGGGGCCGUUUAAAACGGCACACGAGAAUGUAGAGAGAGUUCACAAACAGCAAAUGUUGUUUAUAAACUCUACCCUCACGCUUCAUGUGAUGGCACCCCCUGCUGCCUCGGCAUACAUUUGACAAUCUGUGAUUCUUUUUUUUUUUAUUGAGCAAAGUUCCUUUAUUUUUUUUCUUUUUACAAUUAUUAUUUUUAAUACAGUCAUGUAUGUGUCCUAAAGUACCAAGGAGUGUCAGAGCCACGCUAAAACACAAGAAAAAGUCAUAUCAAGAAGGAAAAAAUGUAUUUCCCACAUUAUUCUUACUUUACUUUUGGAAAAUUGUCACUCUUUCUGCACAUUUUUGACUGUAUUCCCAUAUGACUUUUAUUGUUGUUAUUUCAACUUCAUAAAAAGAAAACAGCUGUUUUCUAACAAUAUUACAAAUGCAGCCAUCCAAAAACAGCAGCUUUUUUUCCUCAUAAUAAUACUUCACUUUUUCUAAAUUACAGAUUUAAUUAUUGAAACAUAACAGAUUUGCUUGGGUUGUAAAAUUCCAAGUGUUUUAUCAUAAUAUCACCUUACUGCAGUGAUAUAACUCCUCAUUUACCUGAAAUAAAACUUAUUUUUAUUUUUUUUAAUUAUUUUUUUUAUUACAUAAUCCUCCAAAUAUAACUUAAAUGUUAGUAUAAAACAUUAGCAUCCUAACAUUAGCAUACCAGCAGUGGAACAGCUAUCUUACUUCUAAGAUGGCGCAAAGUAACCAAAUACAUGAUUAUAAGGUUAUAAAGUACAAAACCAGCUGAAAUGAUAGCAUAAGAUGUUAGCAUGCUAACAUUAGCAUGGCAACGGGGGAACAGCUAGCAUACAUAUAAAAUAAAGCCAAGUAAUGAAAUCUGUGACGAUUACUUUAAAACGUAUAAAACGAUCUUAGAUGCUAACAUAAAAUGUUAGCGUGCUAAAAUUAGCAUACUAACAGUGGAACAGCUGGCUAACUUCUAAGAUGGUGCAAAGUAACUGAUUUGAUGAUAAUAAGGUUUAAAAAGUACGAAAUUAGCUGAAAUGAUAUUAGAAAAUGUUAGCAUGUUAACAU